ACGGGUCUGUCCUGAUGAACACCCCAUCACACGACAUAGUUUAAAUCUUCUAAGGUCCGAUAGCUGAGCAGUUUGUUUGAUACAGGAGAGUGUAUUUGUGCGUCCGUGUCGACGAUGAGGCAGCUCUAUCACCUGGCCGCACUGCUUCUGGCCGCCUCGGCCCUCGCCGCCGGAGCCAACGCCCAGGGCUACAGCAAGCCGGGCUUCCUCGUUACCGGCCGCGUCUACUGCGACACCUGCCGCGCCGGGUUCGAAACCAACGCCUCCCACAGCAUCCCAGGGGCUGUGGUGCAGAUGGAGUGCAGGCACUUCGAGACGAACGAGCUGCACCACAAGGCGGAGGCGACGACGGACGCGCAGGGUUGGUACAAGAUGGAGGUCGGGGAAGACCACCAGGAGGAGAUCUGCGAGGUGGCGCUGCUGCGGAGCCCCGAGAAGGACUGCGCCGAGAUCGAGAAAUCACGGGACCGCUGCCGGGUGCCGCUCACCCGGAACAACGGCAUCAAGCAGAGCGGGGUCCGGUACGCCAACCCCAUCGCGUUCUUCCGCAAGGAGCCCCUCGCCAACUGCGGCGACGUCCUCCGCAAGUACGACCUCUACGACGAGACCUCCGAGAACUCGUGAUCCAUGUUUUUUUCUUUUUCCUUCUUCUGCUUUCUUCUUCUUCUUGUACGGUUGUACCUCGUGUUGUUGAUUUUUGCUGUCUUUUUUGUUUGGACGGAAUUCAUUUGCUGUUAGUUUCGCAUGGCUAGAUUUGUUACGCAUUGUUGUAUAGCUAUGUUUUGAUGUAUUUUAUUCGAUUUUGAGAUGUCAGAAUGCUGGAAUUAACAUUUGAAACUAUCGAAACCUUCAGGUAAAGAAAUUUCUGCAAACA